AUGUCCGCACCCUCUUCUCCAUGUUCUAUGUGUUCAACUCUCCUGGAGUUCAAAGCCGACCCCAACGUGGUAAACAUGUUAGUGAAGAUAUUGACUUCACGUCACGGUGUCCUUCAUUACCACGGACAAACAGGAGAACUAGCAACGUUUCAAUGGCCGACCACUAAAUUUGGGCAUAAAAUACACCCUUCAAGAUUUGCGCUUUAUCGAGAGGUGCACAACUUUCGUUACCCAUGCUGCCUGUGCGCAACGGGGGGCAGAUAUGUCGAGGCAUCGAUCUUUCAGCAACUAGAGGUGUAUAUCAAGGGCAAGCCUACGUACCGGCUAUGUAUUAUCCUCGGAGGCACAACGAUAGAUGGACUGAAGUGGGCAACGCACUAUCAGUAUCUUGUCCUUAGUUUGAAGGAUACGUCCACGCCUCAUGUCAGGACAUUCGCGCACUCGAAAGUACGACAGGGACACUGUGGGUCCCUUUUACGUUAG